AGACGGUACAUAAUAAUUAUAUGUAAUGACAUCUGUCAAAGCGUUCAGUACAGAACUUACCGCAUACCUAGCACAGCGUGCUAGCGGUUGAACUUAAUAGAUUAAGCUUAUAAAAGUUGUAGUAGUUAGAAAAGUGGAAAUACAGUUCUUCAUUCAAUAAUAAUUUUAUGUUUUAUUCAGUGCCUAACAUAAAUUGGUCCUUCGAAGGGCCGUUAGCACUCAAUAGACUGUCUGCGAACUAUGUACGUGGCCAGUGACUGUGCAAGUGUCAGCGGUUGACUCAAUAUUGUCGACAUCGUGCAGUGCGCGAACUUUCUGGACUGAUGCGUGUAUGUGGUGUUCUGUGCUCAAACUUUUUUGCAAGUUGCAAAUACAUCUACGUUAACCGCAGUGCGUGUACGCGUAGUUAUAUACUGGUGGCAAGUUGUCAUCAGACUCUUCCCGGUUGCGAUGCUCCAUGGGACUUAAAUUUAAUACCGAAUGCGAUUUUCGGGGCGUGUUCAAUGAACAGCGUGUUUCAAACGUGCAGUGCGCGUAUGAACUAACUUUGUUUAGUUACAUUUUAGUGUUUUUCAUAGUUCAGUGAACUUUAUGGACUACCACUUCGUGUUCAGCGCAAGUUGCGUUAACAUUGGUCUCAGUGUAAGACUAUCUAUAUAGACAAUUUUGUGUUACAAGUCAUUCUGGCUUCCAUAUGCGCCAUAUUGAAUGAAUAUUGGUACCAAGUGUAUUGGGACUAUUGGGUGCUCGUUGAGAACUCUUAUCUUAAGUGCUUAAAUUUAAUUCACUUCCGUAUAUACGUUUCCGGUGAAAAUGAACCAAUGGUGAUUGACUUCAUGCAACUUCACGAUAUUGCGUUUCGGUUAUGCAAAAUUAUUUGCUAGCAAGUGUGGUGCACGAAAAUUAACCGGAGCAGUUAAGGUUCAUUCCGGUGCGCAUAAUUUGCAAGAACGAAACGCAGGUGCCAGCGGCCGGUCUGCGGCCAACUUCGUGUGGAAAGCGCGUGCGCUCAUUGGCUCUGCGCAACGCAGCUCAUCCCGUUCCGUUCCAAUAGCAGCCGGGCGGGGAUUGUUCCUGAGCUCAUUCACUUCACUUCCGCAUCGUUCAUUCGGCGACGCCAUAGAAGUUAUUAUAAAUAAACUCUUGUGUUUCUCUUUAGCUUUGCAUCUUCGCCAUUUUGUUUGCACAGUGUUUCGAGCUUUUACUAACAAUUUUCAGGUGUUUAACGUGUGUUUAACCAUAGUAAUAAUAGUGGAAAUUGACGGCACGUUCAGCGAUCACUAAAUUAGUGAUAAUUGUGUCAGAUUGUAUAGUUUAAACUGCCAGCUUCAAUCUUCUGGCUGGGCUUCGCGAUUGGUUUUCUGUGCUUGAAGCCUGAACAGCACUUUAUAUUAUUGUGUGCAAUUUGUAAUUUUUUUGAGGAAGUCGUGUUGUGUGUCACAAUAUGGCCGACGACGAUCUCAAAAGGUUAAGAGCGGCCAGGGGACAAUCAAAGGCGGCCAUUACGAGGAUGAUGGCCUUUAAGGCGACAGCGGAGGCUGCUUCUAGCAGCGAUGCGGACCCUCUGCUAUACCAGCAGAAGAAUGAUAGGCUUGAAAAGACUUUUCAAGAAUAUAAGGAACUCAACCUUGAAAUUUCAUUGUUGGACCCUGCGGAUUCCGAACGUGUUGAGGACUUCGAGGAGAAAUAUGAUCUGCUCAAAUCGUUCUAUGCGGGUGUAGUAAACAAGGCAUUGGACGCCUCUACGUCGAGCGUCUCACCGCAACCAUCCUUUUCGUCUCCUGGAGGCUGUAAUGCCUCGCCAUUUAGGCUGCCUCCAAUAAAUCUAAAAGUGUUCGCGGGAGAGGUAGAGCAACGGGCUGCUGCCUUGGAGUCCCUGGGAGAGCGGACGCCUUCAGGGCGCCGGUCUAGUUUAGUUGCAAGUAGUGUUAAAGUGGCCAAGCCGCUUAAGUCGGGUAUAAACAAAUGCGCUUUUGCCGGAGCAGCUGCCAGCCCUGCCUAGCAAGCUGAUCCUGCAGAAUACACGCUUUGGGUUUAUUGUUGCUGGACUGGCUGGUGCUUCCGACACAGCACCGGUAUCCAACUUAGUAUCAAAUUAUUGCUGUCAACAGCUA